AUGUCAUUAAAUAUUUGUUUUUUAAAGGCAAUACACCUACGCAAAUCAAAGACAACUGAAUUUAAACGUGGCCGUAUCAGUUUACAAGACGAUGGACCUUCGGGACAUCCAAAAACUACAACCAUUGACGAUAACAUCACUCAAGUUUACCAAAUGGUGCUAAACUAUUGUCGAAUUAAAAUCAGAGACAUAGCAAAGACUAUGAAUAUGUCCAAAGAAUGUAUUUGUUACAUAUUGAAUCAAGAUUUAAGCAUAAGAAAGCUGUUCGCUGCGUUGGAUGCUGUGUUUGCUUACUUUAGGCGUAAUAAAUCAGAGUUUUUACGCCGAUUAAUUACUGUAGAUGAUACUUGGAUACACCAUUAUAACCGAGAAAUAGAAAUACUAUCAAAACAAUGGACUGCGAAGGGAGACUCGGCUCUAAAAGAAGCAAAAACUGUUUUUUCGGCUGAGAAAAUGAUGGCGACUGUUUUUUGGGAUAUUCAUGGAGUUAUCUUAAUCGAUUUGUUUCAAAAAGCAUUUGCCAUAGCAAAAAAUCCACGAAUUACAGUUUGA